AUAUAUACACAGAAAUAUAUACAUACCAUUAUACCAAAACAUUUCGAUCGUUCACAGGAUGAGCUUUAUGCGAUCAGAUGAGUUCUUGGCGAUGAUUGUGCCGAUCGUAAUUUAUUGGGUUUAUUCAGGAUUCUAUGAGAUUUUGGGAAAUUUGGAUAAGUAUAGACUGCAUUCAAGAAGAGAUGAAGAGACCAAGAACUUGGUUUCGAAGCGUGAGGUUGUCAAAGGAGUGCUCCUCCAACAAGCUAUCCAGGCUACGAUAGCUCUAAUUUUAUUUAAGGCAACCGCAGACGACAGUGUUCCUCCCCACAACCCAAGCUCAAGCGCAACUACUUUCACAGUGAACAUCGCGGCGCAGUUUUUCGUCGCGAUGCUGGUCUUCGAUACCUGGCAGUACUUCAUCCACCGAUACAUGCACCUCAACAAGUACUUGUACCGGAGGUUCCACUCGUGGCACCAUCGCCUCUCCGCUCCCUACGCUUACGGCGCUCAGUACAACCACCCGGUCGACGGGAUCCUCACCGAAACCCUGGCCGGGGCCCUGGCCUUCUUCGUCUCGGGCAUGUCGGCGAGAACUUCGGUAUUUUUCUUCUCCUUCGCGACUGUCAAAGGGAUCGACGACCACUGUGGGAUCCUGCUGCCCUGGAAUCCUUUCCACUUGGUGUUUGGUAACAACACCGCUUACCACGAAAUCCAUCAUCAGUUGAAGGGGAGCAGGUGCAAUUUUGCUCAGCCUUUUUUCGUGAUGUGGGAUAAGAUUUUAGGGACUUAUGCUGGGUAUGAGAUUGAGAGAAGAGAGGGUGGUGGGUUUGAAGCGAAGAUUGCAAAAGAGCUGUAAUUAUGAUCGUCGACUUUGUAGUAUAUAUAUGCUUCCUCUCUGGAGUUUCUAAGAGAAAUUAAUUAACGUGUACCAUAUA